AUGAAAGGAAACACUAGUAUUGUGAAGAUUCUUCUUUCACAUGGUGCUGAUGUUAAUGCAAUAGAUUCUUAUCGGAAAACAGCUCUUGAUUAUGCAAAAGAAAAUGGCAAUGAGAAAAUUGAAAAACUUUUAAUAUCGCACGGUGCAAUUUCUAAUUCAUUGGAUAAUUAA